GCCCCCCGGCCCCUUGUUGUCCAGAGACGUAGGAAAGGAAAAAAAAACACAGUUUGACUGAUCAUCGGCAUGGCUUCCCGUGAGAGUUUUCUGGAGAAGGCCAGCCCUUACAUCGCCAUGAUCACCCUGAGGUUCGGCUAUGCCGGCCUGAGCAUCAUCAGCAAGCUCUCCCUCAACAGCGGGAUGAGCCAUUACGUGCUUGUCGUGUACCGCCAUGCCUUCGCUACCCUCGCCAUGGCUCCCUUCGCCCUCAUCCUCGAGAGGAAGGUGAGGCCGAAGAUGACACUGUCCAUCUUCUCCAAGAUCUUCCUCCUGGCGCUUCUCGGGCCGGUGAUUGACCACAACUUCUACUACCUCGGGCUGAAGUACACCGGCGCGGCGUUCCUUGGCGCACUGAUCAACAUCCUGCCAGCGACGACUUUCGUCAUGGCGGUGAUCUUCAGGAUGGAGAAGAUAGAGCUCAGGAAGGUGAAGUGCCAGGCCAAGAUCGCCGGGACAGUGGUGACAGGGGCCGGCGCGAUGCUGAUGACUCUCUACAAAGGCCCGCUCAUGGGGAUGGCUUGGACAAGGCAGGCGCAUGCCGGUGGUGUGGCCCCCCUUGCAGUCGGCCCCACCAGCAGGGAGAUGUUCCUCGGCUCCAUGUUCAUCGUCAUCGCCACCCUCGCCUGGUCCGCCCUCUUCAUCCUGCAGACCCACACCAUCAAGCAGUACUCGGCCCAGCUCUCUCUCACCACCCUCGUCUGCUUCACCGGCACGCUGCAAGCCGUCGUGGUCACCUUCGUCAUGGAGCGCCGGGUCUCCGUCUGGACCAUCGGCUUCGACAUGAACCUUUUCGCCGCUGCCUACGCUGGCGUCGUGGCGUCGGGCAUCGCGUACUACGUGCAGGGGCUAGUGAUCGAGAAGAGAGGGCCGGUGUUUGCCUCGGCGUUCACCCCGCUCGGGUUGAUCGUCGUCGCCGUCAUGAGUUCAUUUUUCCUCGGCGAGAAGAUAUACCUCGGGGGCGUCCUGGGCGGCCUGGUAAUUGUGGUCGGGCUCUGUGCCGUCCUCUGGGGCAAGCACAAGGAGAUGCAGGAGAUGGAAACGGAUGCCAAGUCCGCGCUGCCGGUGGCCACCAAGGCAGAUGACCCAAACAUGGAGACCGUUGCCGGUGGCGGUGCCGGAGAUGAGGACACGGAGUGCAAGCUCGUCCCCUCUAACGGAAAAGUAGGUGGAGCUAGUGCAGUUUGAUGCAUGCAUGGAUGGUUUUAGGUGGCUUAAAACUUAAUUCACGAUUGGGACCGACAUGUGGUCGGAUUCGAUCGUGUACCUCCGGGGCACGGAGGGAAGGAAAUAGUACAACCGAAUUCUCAACUCUCGUGUCCAUCUACUUCGUACAAGUUAUGAUGCCUACGAUUCGUACGUCCAUCGGCCGUUGGCGGAUCUGUGGAGUAUCAGCACGUGU